CGCACUGCAAGUCUCGCCGUAAUUCUCACCGAGUCCAGUCUAGAAGAGCGACGACAAAGAAUGCUAAAGGAGCAGGACCCGAUGAUCGAGCUCCUGCGGGAGUGGAUCAUGUCGCCUGUGGGCGACCAACAAGAGCUGCGCGUGUCGGUUCUGGAGGUCUUCAGCUACAUGAGCGAGCUCAUGUCCGAGCAUGCAAAGAAUCCCGAGCGUAGCCGCCUCAAGAAGUUUUUGCCCCACCUCAAGAAGAUUUUCCUUCCAUUGGACCUCACACGGGCCGCGCUCGAGUACGACGCCAGCACGCACUUCCUGGCGCGCAAGCGAGUGCCGCCCACCUUCAAGGAGGUGCGUCACAUCCUCAACCUGGCGACUACCAACGCUAUCGCUGGGAAGCUAAAACUCGUGACUUUCGACGCCGAUGACACCAUCUACGAAGACGGUGGCACUAUCAGCAAAAGCUCGAGGAUGGUGCAGGUCAUCGUGGAGUUGCUACGUCGAGGCAUCGUCGUGUCCCUCGUCACAGCGGCCGGAUAUCCAGGCAAUCCUGGCCGGUACGAAGAGCGCUUGCGAGGUAUUUUGGAUGCGCUUGAAGACGUGACCAUGCAAGAGCGAGCGCGGUUUCUGGUUAUGGGUGGCGAGUGCAAUUAUCUAUUCGAGACUCACACCGACAAGACGACAGGCGCUGUGGGACUGCGUGAGAUCGAUGGAGCAGUCUGGAAGGACGGACGCGGAGAACGCUGGCCAGAGGACAAAGUGACAGCGCUACUGGACGCAGCGGAAGUUGUACUUACGAGAACAGUUAAGGAACUGCAUUUGUCAGCUAGAAUCCUGCGGAAAGAGCGCGCGAUCGGCAUCAUCAACACGUCGGAGAAGCGGAUUCUGUACGAGAACCUGGAGGAGAUCAGUCUCACGCUGCAGCACGAGUUGCGGCACUUCAGCGUCCCGUUCUGUGCCUUUAACGGUGGUAACGACGUGUGGGUGGACAUUGGACACAAGGCGCUGGGCAUCCAGGCCUUGCAGAAGUACGUGUUUCGCUUCUUACCCGAGGAAGUUCGCGACAGUGAAGAGCUGCGUAACAUCCAGGGCCAAGAGUGUCUCCAUGUAGGCGAUCGCUUCACGAGAACAGGCAACGACACUCGAUCACGAGAUGCCGCCACAACCAUCUGGAUCUCCAACCCGCAGGAGACUGUCCACAUUAUGACCAUUCUCCUGCGGACAAUUGACCUCGUGAGGGAGCAGAAGAGAGAGCGCAGAGUGGAGAGAGAGAAGGACAAGAAAGCCAAGGCAGCGGCUGCAACCACCAGAACACCAAGCGAUGACGGCAGCGACGCCACAAGUGACGCAAACAUCUCUAGCGACGGAGAGAGCAGCAGUGGCAGUGGCGACGAGCGAGAGACCACAGUCAAGGCAGCUAUCCAGGCCGCUACCACAGCUUCACUGGAAGAGAAAAAUACCUGAGGCGGCGG